UCCUUCGGGGGUAAGCGUAUUCCGGGUUCUCCCGUCUGCCGGGAUUUCCGGGGGUUAUUGGUUCACGAGUUUUCCCCUGAAAUACGACGCUACGCUGCGCGCCUUUUCGAGGACAAUGACCCCGUGCACCUCGCUUCCUUCCGAGACUGUCUGACUUGGUCGAUCCGGGAGUAGCUUCAAUCUUUUAGCGUACUACGGACACUUGUUAAUUGCUACGACGAUCUUUAUAGCAGGAAUCGACGUGCACGGACGUACAAAAAUCCUGCGUGCCCAACCUUCGAUCAUAUCGCGACGCGUACAACGUAUACAACGUCACGCAGUGUACAACAGUAAAGUCGUUAGCACCGCUGCAACUGGUCCGAAUGCGGUUUUUGCGGGCGAGCAUUCAAAGCGGGAAAAGAUUGUGCCGAACUAAUCCGCGAUUUCUGUUUGACGCUAAAACGGAGUAACAAUGAAAAUCCGAGCAACGACGUGUUUCAAUCCAGUCGAGCAAGUUUGUCGUUGAGGCGUGUCAUGGAUAACGAGGCGUCGAGCUUGGAUAUUUGACUGUGCACGAUGCAAACAGUGAAAUUCAGUAGCGACCAGCAAAGACUUGGAACAGUAGUAAAUGUUUCCGGUCACCGAUAAACCGUAAGAAUUAUUAAAUCGCCGUUGAUUGUACACGAUGGACGUUUUCUCGUGGAGGAAGAGCCAGCGGAAGGGAAUCAUUUUUUCGAAGAUGACGAGAAGAGCCGAUCGCCUCAUCGAUUUCUACGAUCAAACGUUCCACGCAUUGUCUGCUAACGAACGCGUCGACGACGAACCCGAGGGGACGGUUCCGUACGACGACUAUCGAUAAUCGAGUUACUUUCGCAAGAAUAAUUAUAAGAAGUUUCGUUCGAGAUGUGCAUCGUGAAACGAGGCAAGAUCUUCGGUAGAAGAAUACCGCUGUGAACGUUUCCGGACAGCUUUGUUACGAUAAUCCUUAAACGAAACAGUGACGAAUGGAAGGUGCGAGACUUCCAUACGUUUUUAGUAUUCGGAGGACAUUAUUGUUCCUUUUAAUGGAACCGCGCGAGAUCACGACGUCGCAAGUACGCUCAAGAGCUCUCGAAAAUUGGACGAUGCUGGAACACGAAAUCGGCGCGAGCGGAAAGAACGCGAAGCGUGUCAGGAUGCAGGGUCGACAGGAUUGCACUUGCACCGGUUAAAAUGAAUCGCAGGGAGGACCCGCUGUUGCGGCAGCAUCGCAGCCAGUUGCUGCAAUUAGCCGAGGCGACAAACAUCAAGCCUGGCCGUGGCAGCGGGAAAAGACGAGGCCAGAGGCAGUCUCAUGGCUUUGGACCCAGUAACGGAGGACCGAGCGCCGGAGGCCGCGUGACCCUCCAGGAUAUCGUGAGAAGCGAUCCUGGAUACACGCCAAACAUCGAGCAUUUAGUUUUUCCGGAGCGCAAGAGCAGCAAUCCAAAUUUGGCCAAAACGGCCGACGAAUCCCCGUCGAAUAAAUCCAAGUCGAACGCGACGAGGUCCAGGCUCGCCGAGGUCUUCUCCAGACAUUAUUCCAGAGGGUCCUCGCAGGACUCGUCGGUCACGUCCAGGAAGAAUCAUCUAAAUAGCACGUCGUUGGACAGCGGAGGACCGGUGUCCCAUCAGACAGCUGGUUCCGGCGGGACGACGGUGGUGUCGAGAAGCGCCGGUCGACGAUGGCUGUCGCAGAGCUCGCAAUCCUCGAGCAGGCAACAUUCGGCGGAGGACGGGGUACGUGGGGGCACCGUGGGCGUCAUAGGGCCCGUUUCGUCCUCGUCCUCGAGCCAGGCCCCUGCUCCCGCCCUGCCGCCUCGUAGAGUCAGUCCAGCCGCGGAUUCAACCGACAUCUCGAAUACGGCCACCGGCUCCCGCGGCGACAGAGGCCCGAACGUGUCGAUCCUGCACUUACGCAGUACUUCAGAUCCUUGGGAGGUGGGUUCUCAAGGAUCCACGUACAGCGUCGGCAGCAAUAAAAGCCAGUCUGGCAGCAGAGGAAAAUCAAGCGGAGGCACACGAGGCUCGUACACACGUGGCACUUCAAUACCAUCCUUAAAACGGCACGACACGACGGCGUCGAUAUCGUCGAGCUCGAGUUUAAAACAGCAUCGACAGGACAGCCACGGGCAGGUGACCAGUUCUCGUCGUCGAGAAUCCUCGAAUUCGUUCCUGUCGGGUAACAGCGGCACUUCCGGGGAACUUUUCAUCAGCGGCGACUGCAGCAGGGAAUUGUCGCCGGUGAGAUGGUGCGACAGAGAGGUGGACGGUGUCUAUUUGGGUCGAUCGGGUUGGGUCCAGGUACAACAAAGGUCCCUGGACGAGAAUCGAAGGAUAAGUUACGAGAGCAGCUUGGUCACCGCGACCACGGGAACUCUGCCGUUGCCGCGACGCGCCACGGUCAAAUUGGCCGACUACCAUUGCAACAGCGAGCCGGGGAAAUGUCCUCAGGAGUUCUCGAGAUUGGACGGUCAAAGGCCGGACUACUUGGCCCUCCACGGUCAGGAUUUCGAGUCCGUGGCGAGCAGCGCAUGCACGUCGCCGCACAGCAUCCCGGAAUCGCAUUCACCGCCGUCGAUCACGCCGAUCAUAUCGCCCCCGCCAGCUUUCCAGGACGUGGUGGGUAGAAAAUCGUCCUCGAAACACUCUUCCGGACGAAGCAACUACGGAAAAGCGCCGUUCCUGCCGCGAUCGAACGCCAUAGUGGACAGCGACAUUAUCAGCCCGCCGCCAUCGCCGCCGCGCCAAGUAAACUGGAGCUCCCUGCCGUCUUCCUCUCGGAAAACAUCGAACGUGCCGUCCAGAACUAGGAGGCAGAACACCAGUAGUCAACAGCAACAACAGCAGCAACAGCAACAACAACAGUAUCGAAUGGCACAGGCCAAAUCGCUGGAAGAUCAAUCCUCCACGAGAAGAUCGCAAUUCAUUCAGCGUUAUUUGGAAUCCUCGAGUUCCUCCUCGUCCUCGAUGGGCUUCAGGAGCCUCGAUAGCUGCGUGACGAGGGCGACCAUGCCCAGACUGGCCGAGAACACGGACUCCUCGGUGGAGGGAUACGACGACGGCGACGAGGACGACAAUCCCAGCUCGUCGUUGAACCUCAGCCUGGUCUCGUCCUCGAUCAUAGCGUUGAACUCGUCCACGGAGUCGAUCCGCGCCAACGGCGAGAGGAUCUCGCCCAACAGGCAGACCCGUCAUCACAGAAGCCAACAGGGAUUGAGAAGAUCGCCCGGUUCGUCGGAGUCCGGGAAGCAGUUGUCGUUCAACUCGCCCUCGUCCUCGUCCUCGUCGUCGAGCAGCGCCGAGAGGCAGGGCAGGUCACCGACGCCAAAUCCUUUUAGACGCGGGAACGCUUCGAGGCAACACCAGAGCGCCAGGACGGCCCAAGUGUCCCCGGAAUCUCAUCAAUCUAAAGUAAGGAGAUCCAGAAGUCUUCAAUUACCCGAGAAGAGGUCCCCCGGCACCGCGACACCGAGCAGAGAUCACUCGAGGGAGUCCAACGAACCUCAUAGAGUCGUUGUUAAAAUUUCCAAUGAGCGGGGAAACGAUAGGAAACGUCACACGCUUCAAAACAGAAAAGCGCAGUCGACCGAGGACGCAUUAAACGAAGAGCUUCUCCGUGAAACGGAGGCGGUAACCGAGUUUCUUUACGGUACAAGAAGCCGUGUAGUGGCCAGGAAUCUUCUCUCGAGUCGCUUUGAACGCCGAGAAGAAAGUCAGGAGCAAAGACGGGGCAAUGCGAAUACGUACGACGUUUACUUUAUAUCGUCGAAGCAGCAGCAAUCUACGAAAUCCGUCGUUCCGUCGAUGCAACAGUCGCAGCAACAGCAGCAGCAAACGCAGCAGCAGCAGCAGCAGCAACAACAACAGCAACAACAACAACAACAACAACAACAACAACAACAGCAGCAGCAGCAACAACAACAGUCUAGACGACCGAAGACGCUUCAAAGAGGAGCGACGACCCCAAACGUGAACCCUUCGUCGGUGAACCCAGACUUCUGCGUCAGUCCGGACACGAAAUUACGUUGCAACAGCAGCACCUGCGAUUUCUGGCCGCACUGCUCGCAAAGGGACACUCUGUACUCCCCUAACCAGGCUCCGGUAUUCAUGAAGCUGUCCCAGAGCUACCCGGCUCAUCAGCGACUCCCAACGGACGGUGGCGGCCACGCGAGCAGAGGAAGCGCCAGCUCGUCCCCGGCGUCGUUAGAGCGAAUGGACGAGCGCGAGUUCCGCGAUCGCGAUACCACGUCGCGUAAGAAUCGCGGGAAUCGCGAUCAAAACAAUUCGAACGCGUCCAAGUAUCAGGAGAGGCAGCCGAAGAGCGUGCUGAAGCAAUCGAAUCGAUGGUCGCCGCUCGAGGGAUCCAACGGGAGUAACACGAACGCGGGCACGGAGAAGAGGGAGCAUCAUCGAUUUUAUAGGAAGCCCGAGUUCGCCGGUAGCUUCGAAGGUUGCGAAAACAAGGACAGGAAAGUGUCGCCGGUCCAGGGGAAAGGUAUCGUGAACAGAUCGCCGAGCGGUCAGGUUGUAUCUUCGUCGACCACCUCGUCGUCUUCCAGCAGCGAUAUCUGGGUCACCACUUCCGAUCGAACGGUGACGAAGAGCCCGAGGAACGCGAAAAGUUCCGGGGCGUCCACCCCCAUGGAGGACGCGGUGAUUGGCUCGUUGAAGACGCUGAUGGAGCCGCCGAGGGACGGGAUGCUGUCCAGGCCCGGAAGCGCUCCCACCAGAGGGGACGACUCUCUGCCCGGGGACAUUUGUUUGGAUCCUCAUCAGCGAUCGCUGUCCCUGCCGAAAUCGUUCCUGACGCACAACACCGAUGGCAAUAAUAAAGGAGGUUCCUGGCAACGCGGGCAAAAUUCCCAAAGGUCGAGCCCCAGCCCCAGUCGACGCCACCACACGCAGGAAGCAGCCGCGCCUCACACAGCUCCUGUUUCCCCGUUGCACGAUCAACGAUCCGGCGUGUACGCUGGGAAGGAGAGAAGACGAAUUCCUGGGCUGAGCAAGGCGCAGAGGCGUAUCAAAGCGUCGAGCACGCCGGCGCUCUUGGAUCGUGAAGUAGAAAGUCGACAGUGGUCGGGGGACGAAGAGGAUGAGGGUACAACCGGUCACGUAACAACCGAGCAUCCUUUGGCGGAGGCGACAAUUCCCUUGGUCUCCCAUUCGCGUCUACAAGAGCAGUCCUCUAACUUGAGUGCCAAUAUCGUGACCACUUCCGGGACCCAGAAUCCUCCCCGUUCGAGCACGCAGAGCCAACAAGAAAGCGUUCUACAGAAAUUCAGGAAGAGCUUCUCCUUGAGGUUUCACAAAAAGGGCAGCAAAGAGAGCACCGAGAGCGAGUGCCCGGUGGAAGAUAACGACGGAUCCGGACCCCUGGACGAAGAAGAGGAACGCGAGCCGCCAAUUGUGUCCGAACAAACCCCUCAACACAAAGAGGACACCGCCAACGACCAGAAAUUUCGAUUUGGUCCCCUUGUAUGGAGAAGCAGCAAGGAGAGGAAAAAGGGCAGCAAAGCUGCCAGGAAUGCAAAAUGCAACAGCGGAGACAGUGGAAUACAGAUCGAGAUGGUAUCUGGUGGAGCAUUGACUGGGGGCAGUGGUGGUGGAAUGAUGGGGGGUGGUGAUAGCUCCGAGUCCCACGACACGGAUGUCCAGGACGAGACGGAUAGUCCUCCAGCCCUUCGUAGGCGAGUCGCCGACAAAUCACGGCCCCAGUCCGAGCUCAUCAACCAGAUACUGAUCGACAAGUUUAAGGCGGAUCUGCAGAGUCGAACGUCGAGGCACCAGCAUGUAAGAAGAACGAACAGCGAUUUAGGAGGUCAGAGGUUACUACAGUGGGACACGAGGUCUGGUUACAGCCACGCGCACAAUUACCGCAGGAUGCUCUCGACUCCUUCGCCUAUUAAGACGAGGCCUCCCAGGCUCAGUCCGAGGCACUCCUCCCAUGACAUCGUUACGCUGAGAAGUAACGCGAAAGGGAGGAGUUUUCGGACAAAUUUGAGGCGUUCACUUAGCCAACCACUGGGUAUCAAUCAGCUAUCACCCUUGAUGCGCACCAAAACUGCAGGUGCGAGGUUGCCCGGUGGGAACGUCCUGUCCGAGGACGAACAGGACGGGAGAGGCGGAACGUCCGACGACGAGAUGAUGUCCGACUCCGAAUCCUCCAUCGCCUCCUUGACGGACAGGAAGAAGUCCUUCGAGCAGACGAUGGACGAAGAGGUGGUGAUCUUGGCCGAGGCUGUUUGGGACCACGUGGCGAUGGAACCAGAGGAGCUGGCGUUUCGCGCUGGCGACGUGAUCGAGGUCCUGGACAACCUGGACAAGGACUGGUGGUGGGGUAACUGUAGAGGAGAGCAUGGCUGGUUCCCGGCUGCAUUUGUCAGGUUACGCGUGAGCCAAGAAGACACCGUCGAGGAUUGUUUGGCUGCAAUGGCUUCCGGGGGCACGUCCACCACCCAACUGAGAAGACGCACCAGCGUUUCGCUGUUGUCGAACGAGCAAGUCAGGGCGAGCGUGGUUCGGGAACUGGUCCAGACCGAGCGAGAUUUCGUUAAAAUAUUGAGAGACGUAGCUGAAGGAUACGUGGCCGAAUGUCGACGACGCGCUGACAUGUUCAACGAGGAACAGAUAGAAACGAUUUUUAUCAAUCUCGAGGAGCUGCUGGACUUCCAGUCCGAGUUCCUCAAGGAUCUCGAGUCCAGCAUCGACUGGAACGCUCCGUACAAGAGUUGCGUCGGCGAAUGUUUUCUCAAUCAUAGGGCGGGAUUUCGUAUGUACUCGGAAUACUGCAACAGCCAUCCGAUGGCCACCGCCACGUUGCAAGAACUUUAUCAGCAUAAUCGUUACAGCAAAUUUUUCGAAGCGUGUAGACUGAUGAGGGGUUUGAUAGAGAUCCCUUUGGACGGGUAUUUGUUAACGCCUGUGCAACGAAUAUGUAAAUAUCCGCUACAGUUGGCGGAGUUGUUGAAAUACACGAAGGUCGAUCACCCGGAUUAUCAUAAGAUUCAGGAAGCUCUGGAAGCGAUGCGAGGCGUCGCGGUUUUAAUCAACGAACGAAAGAGACGAAUGGAGAGCCUCGAGAAGUUAGCUUCGUGGCAGUUAAGGGUUGAAGGAUGGGAGGGUGAGGAUCUCAUAGAAGUUUCGUCGCAGUUAAUUUACCAGGGUGAGGCGAUGAGAGUCACCACCGGCAUGUGGACAAACAACAUCACCCUUUUUCUGUUCGACCAUCAACUGGUUUAUUGUAAAAAGGAUAUCUUAAAGCGAAACACGUACGUGUAUAAAGGUCGGAUUUAUCUGGACACGAGCGAAGUGAUCGACGUGCCUGACGGUAAAGAUCAUCAGUUGGGGGUGACGGUGAGACACUGUCUGAAAGUGUACAGUUGCGUUCGGGACAAGUGGUUGCUAUUUUGCUGCCGCACGGCGGAAGAGAAGCGUCGAUGGUUGGCAGCCAUGGCGGAGGAACGGAGGCUGGUCGCUCAGGAUAGAAACGACGGAUUGGAGUUUCCAGCUGCGGCCAGACAAUUAGCCAGGCUCGCGGCGACAAGGCAGCAGAACAGACCGCCGAUCAAGCCACGCAACAAAGCGUAUAAAAGAGAAUCGACGUACGACAUGCCCACUAUGGUCGGACAGGGGGCGACGAACUCGUUAGGACGUAAAGUUGGUACUUGGUUCACGUUUGGUAGCAGCAAAAAAAGUACUCGACCUCAACCGUCCUGAGAC